UGAUGAUCAUCCUUAGCACGCCCUAACCGGAAAGCCAAAACGAAAAGCUCGAAUUCCCUUUAGAUUGUUCCUUCGUUGUGAAUGGUAGAAACCUCGUCCUCCUUCGGUUUCAUGCGCUCCCUUUCACCAUCAAGGGUGAGCGCUCCCUCCCAUUCCUUCCUCUUCGCCUCCUGCAAACAAGGCUGGUACUACCGCUGCCUCGGCGUCGACCCCUAAAUUCCAACACAUCCAACCCUCACCACCUUCCUUUUUCAGAUCGGAUCCUUCUUUUUCUUCUACUUUCUUUCUUUCUUUCUUUGUUGUGUUUGGGGGCACCAUGUUGUUGACCAAGCAGAAGAAGAACCAGAACCCGAACGUCAAGAGGUUCCUCAUAAGCAUCAACGUGCUGGGGAGUGCAGGGCCCCUUCGCUUCGUCGUCAACGAGGAGGAGCCAGUCGCUGCGGUCAUUGAGACCGCGCUCAAGAGUUACGCGCGGGAGGGGCGCCUUCCUCUGCUUGGGACCGACAACGCUGGAUUCUCUCUCUAUUGCCCUCAUCUUGGGCCUGAUGCUCUGAGUCCGUGGGAUACAAUUGGAUCACAUGGAGCGAGGAAUUUCACGCUUUGCAAGAAGGCGGAGAAUGCGAAGGAGGCAGCAGUUGAUGACGGAAGAGGGCCGACUGCCGGACUUCCACGGAGGGGAAGUGGCACCUUGAGGUCUUGGCUCAACAGGUCCCUCAACCUUAAGAUCUAUUCCCAUUAAUUAAUUCAAUCAAAUUCAAGUUCAAGUUGGGGACAAUUUUUGUAAUGUUCUUUUCAUCAUCGUCCUGAUCAUUAUUAUUAUUAUUAGUAGCAGUAUUUUUUUUUUUUUUAUUUCGACAUAUGAUAUUAUGUUUCACCUUUGAUAUGUUACUGUCAUUGGUAACCAUAGCCUGAUGCACUCUUAAAACUAUUGCAUCAAUAAAGUUGUUUUUAUUUUUUGGUUGAUUGAAGCUUGUGAUUACACUGCAAGUUGUGACAAA